CGGCCCCGCCGGGAGGACUCGCCGCCGCGGAGUGUUCGUCUCGGCCGGCGGCCAAAGGUGAAGUACCUCUGGCAGCUCCCAGAGGCCGUCGCUCCCGAGCUCGUCUUCGUCGGAAGGUCUAACGCCGGGAAGAGCACGCUGCUGAACGCGCUGCUCGGGCGCAGGGAAGCCAUGGCAUCCGACAGGGGCGGCAAGACCAGAUCUCUCAACUGGUACCCGGACGGCUUCACCGACUUUGCGGGAUGGAAUCGCGACGGGUCUCGUGUCCAGGAGCAGGUGGCCCCUGAAGGCGGCGAUGAGAGCGUGCCCAGCUCGAGCUCAGCGAUGCCCAAGGGGCACUGCCUCGUGGACUGCUUCGGACUGGGCCCCGUGAGUUACUCGGACCUGCGCGCAAGGAAGCUCCAGUCGUGGGGGCCGCUGCUGGACGGCUACCUCUCCGAGAGGCGGUGCCUCACCACAGUCCUCCACCUGGUCAGCUCGGAGUACUUCGGCGGCCUCGAGGACGCCGACAGGGACCUCGUGGAAAUAUUCAAGCGGGCUUUGGCUACGAGGAGGCGGAAGGGCAUUGAGCCCUUUGAGUACAUACAGGUCCUGACCAAGGCCGACCUGCUUCUGCCAGAGGACCUGCCCGGUUGCCUGGAGCGGCUGGGCCUCGAGCUGGGCCGCCUCGGGCUGCCGCCGCGGGGCGUCGUGGCCUGCAGCGUGGACGCGGAGGGCGGGCCGGCGCCCGUGCAGUGCCUAGGCGCCGAGGAGCUGAGGGGCGUGAUCGAGGCGGCGGCGGGGCGCGGCUGGAGCCGUCAGCCGAGCUGGGAGGGCGAGCGCAAGGUGCGCGAUAUACCACGGCGCAACCGUGACGAAGCCAAGCAGGUGAGGGAGGCGCUCUUCAGGAGCCGCGUCAUCGACCUGAACGAUGAACGGCAAACGAAGCAUCGGGGCGGCAAGGGGGCCACGACCAUAAUGCCGUCCAGCGUGUGAUGCGGCGCGCCUCGGCCUUCUUGCGCGCCCCCCUGGGCGCCCCUCCGUGCCCCGCGCCCCUCGGGGGAG